AUGGGCUGCAAACAGUGUAACAAGAAGGUCUCUGAUUCGGACCGCAUCGUGUGUCGCGGUUUUUGCGAGUCAACCUUCCACAUGAUUUGCGUUAAAGUGGACGUCCCGGCACUCGACGUUAUGGGGACGCACCCCAAUAACUUCUUCUGGAUGUGCGACGAGUGCAGUAAGCUGUUCUUGAGCAGUCAUUUCCGUCACCUCGUCAAAGAAAACGGCGCAGGUCCCAAAGCGUUAGUCGAGUCAAUGAAAACGGUGCAGAGCGAUAUCGCUAAACUUGCAUCGACGGUUGCCGCGCUCAACGAAAAAGUCGAAGCGCAAUCAACUUCUUCGUCUGACUGGCCUACCCUUGGCCAAAAGCGACAGCGGGACUCGAGCGCGGACCCACCUGGAAAGGCAAACAUUCCGGUCGCAUCCCGUGGAAAAAAGGCUAUGACGUCUGUUCCCAUCAUCGCGGACGCUGAGCCCGACGAUUUGUGGUACAUUUGGCUGUCCAGUUUCCCACCAACUGUAACGGAAGACGACAUCUGCACGAUGGUGAAAGAGUGCCUCUCCGUCGACGAAGAUGAUCCCGUCGUGGUUAAGAUGCUUGUGAAAAAAGGAGUCGACGUCGCCGAACUCUCUUCUAUCACGUUCAAGGUUGGGGUAAGCCGGGACUACCGAGAUUCAUCUCUGGACGCGGACAACUGGCCUGCAGGAUUGGCCUUCCGCGAGUUUAUUGACUUCACCAGGCGACCUAGCGUUACCACCUCGGGGUUCGCGAAACGUCGAACGGAUUAA